AUGGGCAAGCGAACCACCAAGCAGAAACCAAAGAAGGCCAGCAAGAAGUCCAUGAAGGAGAGAAAUCCUCAAGCGAACCUGCUUGGUUUGCCACGAGAACUUCGGAACGAGAUCUACAAUCAUGUCUUGAAGGAAAGGGUCAAUCUUCGAGCUCGUGGCACUGCCGUGCGAAAUGCCGGCCUUACCCUCGCAUGUACACAGCUUUACAUCGAAUCCAUCGAGCAGUACUACAAGGAUGCCAUAUUCUACUACGACGCCAAGAAGGAGAUCAAGGAAGAAGUGGUCUUCAAAUGGCUCAAAAGGCUCCCAUCUAAGCAUCGCACGCUCAUCAAAGACAUUCACUUCGGACCGACUCGAUUUUACAGGAUGGCAAUCCCGACGCCCUGGGAUGGUCAAGACUUGGAUCGGUAUGAAAAGGCGAUGGCAUACCUGUGGCUCAAGCGCAAUAUGAAAGACCGUGGCAUCAAAGGCAUUUGCUAA